CGAACGUUCAUCGUCUUCUUUGGCAAGCUUUGAACUUACGGCUUGGCGCCAAAGUCGCAAGCUUGAACAUUGAGCCUAUCGUUGAAGCUGAUAACCACUUCUUGUUCGCGAGAUGGAGCAGUGAGAAUUUCCAUUAAUCGGGACAUCCAUCUGUUUACUUUCUUGAAAACUUCCUGAAUCUCUGUACUCCUACUUUAGGCUUAUCAUGGCUGGCGAGAGAGAGAGCUCCGUUACGCCACGCCUAGGUGGAAAGACUGCGCUUGUAACAUUUGUUGCAGUCAUUUUUGCUUUUGUUGGAGAGACCCAACUCACACAGUAUGUCCAAACAACACUGGGUUACCAUCACUCAUUCUUUCUAUUUUACGUCGUGCAUUCAUCAUUUGUGCUAUCCUUUCCAUUGCACCUAGGGUAUCUCCUCCUGACGACCCACCAUUCCCCUCGUGCUUUGAUAUCUGGGUUGUCCAGCAUUAUCACCGCUCAGUUGACAUCACGCGAUCCAAGAUUCAUCCACUCUUCACAAUUUCCCUUGUCUCGAUUUCUGGUCGUGAUUUUCGUCAUGACUGCUGUCUACAGUAUACCUGCCCUAUUGUGGUUUAUUGCUGUCGUAUAUGCCCCUGUUACUGAUGUCACGGCCAUUUGGAAUACCAAUGCCUUCUUCGCUUACGUCUUCAGUGUCAAGUUGCUGAACCUGAAAUGGAAUCUUAUUCGGAUGUGUGCUGUUUGCCUCGCCAUUGUUGGAGUGCUCACUAUCGUAUAUGGCGACAGCACACCGGUAAGUACAACCGCAGCCGUAGCUCGUGGUAUGACUGUCACCCAAACUCCCGCUCCUUUAUUUGGCGUCAUUAUAACUCUGGUUGCAUCCGUGACAUACGGUCUGUAUCAAGUUCUUUACAAGAAGUAUGUAGCACUGCCAUCAGAGCUGGAGCCAGCUGCAGAGCCUACACAAUAUACCCAUAUUCCAGCAUCAGCGGAACAGGCUAGCGAUGAGGAGUUAGCAUCUUCACCACUCGUCGCCAGUAAUCAAGUUACACAAUCUCUUCCAUUCGGCCUUCAUCCAAAUUUUCUCACCGCAUCCAUCGGCUUGUGCACUUUGUUCGUGCUUUGGAUACCCUUAAUUGUGUUACAUUAUUACGGUAUUGAAGAGUUUGCGCUUCCAUCCGACAUGACGACCUUCGCUGCAAUUGCAGGAAUCUGUGCAACAGGCGUUAUAUUUAAUGCAGGCUACAUGAUUUUGUUGGGAGUCUGGGGCCCGAUUGUUACUUCCGUUGGGAGUCUACUUACAAUCGUCCUCACACUCAUCUCGGAUCUAAUGUUAGGCUCCGUUGGGUUGACUGCUGGGGGGAUUCUGGGAGCAGGCAUGAUUGUAGGGGCUUUUGCGGUGCUUGCUUAUGAUAUGUUCUAGAGUUGGCAGUAGAGUUGAGCGAGCUUUGUUAAUACUUUUCAAUCUUAGUUGUCCCUUUGCAUCA